UUGAUGUCUCAGUAAAAAUGUUGGACUCCAUAGCUGUUUUACAAAUGUGGUAGAGAGAGAAACCCACUCACCUAUUUCCGGACUGAUCACUUGUAUCCAGCACAGAUCCCACUUCCAAGAGGUUUAUAGCCAUGAAGACAACUUUGGUCCUUUUGCUUUGCAUAACAAAAUGCAGUUCUGCAUAUCCACUAUGGCAGAUAAUGCAACUGUACAAUACCAUUGGGAGGAUUUCACAGCAGUCUCAGCAGGUUAAUCCCGGCUUUGUGAUGCCACCAGCCCAAGUCUUACAGAACCAGAUUUCACAGAUUUUACCAAUGCAACAAUUACAUCCAUAUCAGAUUUUAUCUCAAUAUCUUCUUGCUAAUCUCAUGCAGCCAGGACCUGCUCCACCACAGAUUUCCUCAACAUAUCCUGUAUUUGGGAACUUGCUUCCAAUGUCUGUUCCGAACACACAGAUGCUCCCUAUUGUAUUUACCCAGCAAGGGCUUUUAUCAGGUUCUGAUUCUGAAGAAGGGAUGGUGUCAGGUGUCCUCAUGGUUCCUGUAAAUACUGGACUACAAGGAGAUGUUAUCAGCAUGCACCAGGCUGGAGUCAGCAUCAGUGGUCCUGAUAGCACAAUAUUAAUGGGACAACCAGCACUAAAUCCUGUUGGCCAGCAAGGAAUUGAUAUAAAUAUCCAAAGAAAUGAAACUGUGUUAGUAGAAAGUGAAUUACCAGGCAACAAGCAUCAGGAAUGGGUUAGGGAUGAUGCACCCGGAGCAGGUAUCAUUCAACCAACGAAUUCACCCCACGCUAGAUUCUGGAAAACUCCAUCCCAUGUCACUCCUACUGUGCCAUCAGAUAUAUUCAGAGGGGAUAUGACGGAGAGCCCAAGACCCACAACAGAAAACUGGAUACUUUGUAAUGCCUAUGUACCCGACCAUGAAGAGUUGCAAGGCCUGACAAGAGGAGAUGGUCACAUUCCUGUAAUGGCUCCAGAAUGUGCUGUCAUUAAAAAAAUAUAUGAAAGUCAGAAUCAAAUGGAGAGUACCAACUGCUAGAGAUUGCGUAGAGGAUGUUCAAAUAAAUGUGUACACCUGGAAAAGCUUACAUCUAAAUAAGGGCUUUAGCAUAUCCCAC